AUGUGCCUUCCUGGACUCGUGCUUCUCCUCUGCGCGGCGCCUGUCACCAUGACUUCAGCGGCGUUCGAGGUCGCGGACGCGGAUAUCAAGAAAUUCGUUCCAGCAACCUCUUCGAAAUCAUCAUUGUACAGUGCUCUGGUGGUGUCGUCAUACGAAUCGCAGGGGACCGUGAUCGUGCGUAUGCCUGCCGACACGGGCCUAUUCCCGGUGGUUCUCCGGGUGGUCAUGGCGGGAACCGUCGAACCGCCAACGGACGUCUUACUCGAUGGCACGUCUCUGGCGUCGGACGCCAGUCAAUGGAAACUGGUGGCUCCGGGUGUAUGGGACCUGACUAGGAGUCUCGACUGGGGGGCCAUUGCUCUAGGAAGCGCCUUGAUUGGUGUCGGGGCCGAAGUGUCGCACGCGGAUGUGAACGGCAACGCGAUUACCGCGUCAGGAUCGCUAGCGAAGAUCGGAUCUCUCGAUACUGGCCUCGCAGUGCUGCCAUCCAUGUCAGGCGGCCGAUUCCAAGCCAUGUUCUCGGGGACCGUGGCUGGGGGAGCCAAGAUCCGCAUCGCCACCAGCACCAACACCAAGGUUACUCUCGAGGUGCACCUGGCCUUCACCAAGGGCGUAAACACCAACUCAAAGGUCUCUCUGGUGGGUCAGGUCGGAGCCGACAAGUCUGCCCCUCUCACCCUAGCAUGCCCCUUCACAUCGAACAUCAAGGGAGUGUUCACUUGCUCCAAGACUGUCGACGUGAAAAUCCCCGCGGGAGCUGCUACCACGGCCGGCGUCUUGGGACUGCAGAAGUUUAUGGCUGCUCUGGUGGGAGCUACCAUGUCAGGUGAUCACCUGGCGGCAACCUUCACCCUGAUAGUGAAUGGGCAGCAAGAGACCCUUUACUACGGUUUGUAG